AUGGGUCGAGUUGAAAAGCAUCGUUUGAAGGCGAAACCAAUCCUAACCCGCCAAGUGUGGGAGCUGAGACAUGGAGAGCAGGGAAGCAGCCCCGAUCUAUGGGUGCAAAGAGGACAUUCUUCACAACAUUCUGGACAGACUACCAGCCUCAACCUUCGCAAAUGCCGCUUGUGUCAGCAAAACUUGGCAUCGAAUCUGCUCUCAUUUCCUCUCACGUCCCAUGCUUGCUUCAGCCCUUUCAUUGAUCCUUCUCUUCUUGGGGCUGUUGAAGAGGUCACUGAGAAGGUUCUGAGCAAGCCAAUUCGUCCACACUUUGCCAUAGCUUGCAUCAGUGAACAAUUCGGCUUAAGAGCCGCUCACCUUCUUUUGAGUCAAAGGCUGGGAAGCAAGACUCCUUUAGUCACUCACAUUGGGAAUGGAGUGAUGGGAACGGAAGCUCUCACAAAUCAACUUCGAGAAGUGAAAUGGGAUUACUUUGAUUACCAAGGCCCUCAUCCUCGCGAGGCUAAUGGAUUUAGUGAUGUUAAUCGAGGCAUGGUUUUGGUGGUUGGAUAUGUUCCUGGUCUCAAAGUGGAUGCAAUACCGUUGAUUCACCCAAAGAAUGAUCCUGGAAUCAGCAUGGUUGAUGAGUUCGUGAGACACAUCAAGGCCUUUGCUUACUCUGUCUUUGGAAAUCACCCACCUGCUGCUAUCAUAAUAUUUGGAGAUCGUAAAAGUGACAUUAACAACAUUAUGGCAACAAUGGAUCAAGCAAUAGGAAAAGAAACAGUGAUGGCUGGGGAUGGUGGAGGCUGCUUUCUGUUCAACAGUCGGAAUUACACAAUUAAUCUUCCUCCUGAUUUAUACGCACUCGAUGCCGUCGCCCUCGUAUUCGCCAAAGACAGUCACAAGUCUCCUGACGUAGGAGAGACUAGGUUUCAUGUGGCAAUGGCAGGGGGUUUAGUGCCAUUUGGGCCGAGGUUUGAGGUGAUCGAUGUACUCGUCAAAGGUGACAUCAAAUGGACUUGCUUCUCUGCUCUCAUGGAAGGAUUCAAUACGAUAUUGACUUUUGAGGCCGUCAUAGAAACCCUCCUUGAAACAGUGAGUGACAGGCAUCCUGAUUUGUACAUAGGCGUGUCACAUGGAAGAAGGUAUUACUCAGGCAAUAGAAGACUGAUCAAGAAAGUAUCAGAAUCCACCUUGUUCCAUCAAGUGAUUGGGGGAGAUGGAGAGUACUUUGUGGUGGAAGGAGUAGGGGUGAGGGCAGGAGACACGUUUCUGUUCUACCACAGAGAUAUGGAAACUGCACGAACCACAAGUGAAAUUGCAUUUGAGAAUCUGACAAGGCUGAAGCAGAGUUUCAUGGGAAGUGAAGAAACUGUUGUUGGUGGGUUAAUAUUUGCUUGUGCUUCUCGAGGCCAAUCUUACUUUGGAACAUCUAAUACUGAUAUCUACCCGUUUUAUGCCAACUUCCCAAGUGUUCUGGUCGCCGGAAUAUUCUGCAAAGGAGAGAUUGGACGCUGUUCUUCAUCUUCUUCAAGCUUUGUGAAAUCCCAUGAGUGCGAAGAACAGGCCCCUCCUCAUUGCCCUGUUCAUGCUUCCAGUGCUGUCUAUUUGGCUCUCUCCUAUCUUCCUCCUCCGUGA